GCAUACCCCUUUCUCGCAGAUCUAUAAUCGAUCAAGACCUCAGCAUCACCAACUCAAACAUGUUCAUAUGUUCACUCGUAUCAUUUUUGGAUUUCUUCAAUGGAAAACAAUUAAGACCUGUCAUGCCAUUUAGGAGACCAUAUGGACUCUCAAUUCUUCCACACCAUUGGCUCUUUUUAACUCCCCACUAUCGUUAAUGAUAAUCACAAGCCAAGCAUUUUCCCCCGCAGCAAUUGAUAGGUAUCUGUGCCUCAAGUCAUCAGCCUUGUUCUUCCAUAGAUAAAUCUGGAUCUACGACUCUACCAAAAGGAUUACUGUGAUGAUCACUCCUUAUGAGCGCGAAUGGACGGGCAUUAGAAGGAACUGCGCUGCGAAGCUUAAGGAUGAGAUGUGACUUGGUGAAGGUAUGUGAUUGUCGUGCCUAAUGAGGAGGUGGGGGUGUAGAUUGCUGGGACAUCAUUGGACAAAUUUUGCAUUUGCUUGGUCUCUGUACAAAAUUGAUCUUCCUUCUUUCUUUGGUAGGAACGAGAAAAUUAGAUACUUCAUGUACACAUAUCACCCUGCUGAUGAGAGAUUGUGGUUCUGACUCACAUUUUCGUCAGCAAUCAAUGACCAAAGGCAUCUAUGCAUCUAUCUAUCUCACCCCGCACUCCCUUCCUUCGUUCCUCGAUCACCGAUAAGACGUGCGACUACCUAGUAUAUCAUCUUAUUCUGUUUGUAUAACCAAUCUUCACUGCUUAAUUAUUGAACCAAUCUAUUGAGCUCUGUAGACUGAGCAAAUCCUCAGAUCGAAUCGUCUGAUACGAAACCUGUGAGUGGAAGCAUUGAGCCGCGUAUAGGAAAGGAAGAUAUCUGCACCACAAUACUUGCAACGCUCAUUCAACAACCUCUAUUUUUGCAAUCAUGGAUUCUUCUGUAAUCCAUCCUUCAAUGGUCAAUAUUGGUACCUAUUCAUACCUGCUUGGCCAUGGCGUGUCCACAAAUAUCACUGGUGAAAUUACUGAAGGCCAGGUGCCGCUAACCAUUCUUUCAAUCGAUGUGGAUAAUGAUCACAUCACUCAAUCAUGGCUGGAUUCUAAAUAUGAAGAGUUUGCCAGGAAAGACGAUGUAUGGUGUGACAUUUUUGCUCGUAAUAUUUUUGCACAGGAGUCUCCGGGAGUAUUACGCCUCAUAGCCAACUCUGACGAAUCAAAGAUCCUCAGAUCGAAAUCUUUCGAAUAUCAAGGCUUUCUUCCUGAAGGUCCUUAUAUUCUGAGUGGUUCGACAAUUCAUCGCAUCUAUAAGCUGUACCCAGACCCUCUCGGCGCAUUUGUUUGUGGCGUUAUACCAACUGCUCCAGGUAGCAAUCGCUAUCAAAGAAUACCUAUGGAUUAUAUUCCAGUUCCGUCCCGGCUUUACUCUCCGCCAUCUCAUCUUCAGCCCCUCUUAGGUAAACGGAUAGCAGUGAAAGAUAUCAUUGACCUUGAAGGUGUCAAAACUACUGUCUGCAGCAAAGCUUACGAAGCCCUUCGAGACGUAUCAAUCAAUACAGCUCCGUCAAUACAAAAACUCAUCGAUGAGGGAGCUGUGAUCAUUGGAAAGGUCAAGACGACUCCCUUUUCAUCUGGAAUGGGCCCAAGGGAUUGGGUAGAUUAUCAAGCGCCAUUUAAUCCUCGAGGUUGUGGCUAUCUAGAUACUUCAUGUAGCAGUGCCGGAAGUGCCGCUGCACUUGCUGGAUAUGAGUGGUUAGAUUUUACUAUUGGCUCAGACUCGCUCGGAAGUAUGGUCAGUCCUGCGGCGGAUAAUGGACUCUUUGGUAUUAGGCCCACACACGGUCGUAUCUCUUGCGAAGGUCUUGUUCCAGUGUCAUCAUAUCUCGAUACACCUGGCAUUUUCAGUCGAGACAUAUCAGAUUUUAGUGCUUCUACGAAGUUAUGGCUCGGAGCAUCUGAUGAUUCUGACCCAAAAACUUCAUCUGUGAUGCCUACGAAAUUAACAAUCUUGUCAGAAAGAUAUGAGAAUUUAGCCCCAGAGAUGAAAAAGGUGAUGGAAGAUUUCAUACAAGAUUUCGAGAAGGCUACCCAGCUUCAUCGUACGACCACUACCAUGGAUGAGCUGUGGAAGUUACACGCACCAGAAACCUUAUCUGAAAAGACCUUUGCGGAGACAUUUCAAACAACACUAGCACACAUCCAACUUUAUGGACACUACAACAACACCACUCCUUUCCGAGAAGAAUACAGGGAAAGAUUUGGCACAGAGCCAUACGCAGAGCCAUUGCUCCGUUACAAAUGGGAGCUAGGUGCGAAUCUGACGCAAGAUCAACUCACUACAGCAUUGAAAGAGAAAAAACUAUUUUCCAAUUUUCUCAAAGAACAGCUUUUCAAUGAUGGUGGAGUCAUGCUAUUACCUUGUGCCCUACCAGAUAUCCCUUAUCGUGACGGCUAUUUUGGUUCUGUCGAGGAAUCGGGCGCGCCAUGGCAAGGAUUCAACGUUCCCAUCACUGUAUUCUCAUCACUGGGUGGAGGACCAGCAGUAUCAAUCCCUGUGGGACAACGACUGUACGAUUCCAAAAUUACGCGAGCAAAAGAGUACCAACCAGUGGGCUUAAUGCUAUUAGGUGCUCCAGGAACGGACGAGUAUCUUAUUGACCUGGUGAAACAUGUGCUAGUAGCUAGUAAUCGACCGCUCGUUGUCAAGACGGGCAAAGUCGCGUUUUGAGAUUUGGUAAAUUCGACACACUCAUCCCCGAGACAUUCCUAUCUAUUCCUUCGCUUCAAAUGCCCAUUUACUCGUGAAGAACGACGUUGCGUGUGAUUAUUCAAAUGCUAUUUUUAUUAUAAACAGUCCUCAUAUCUCCCUCAUAUGAUUACUGUUGAGCCUGGGGAGGAAAUUCAUACACUCUCA